UUUGGCGGCUAGUCGUGUUCUUUUGUUAGAGGCUAACAGUUUAAUGCGAAACGUAUUGCCGCGUCGACGGGUGUUUUUUUUUUAACGUAACCGCCGUCUGUAGUUCGCUAUCUUUUUCAAAUUUUUCUUCUGUCUACGAGCGGCUAGUGAACGAACGUUGAGUUAUCUUUGGUGAUGAAGAGAUUGCAUUAAAAGUUUUAGCCUAUAACCAAAUUGGAUAUGAAAAUUGAAGAGAUCUAGCUAAUGCCAAGUGUGUCUUUAUGACAGUGUAUCUUAACAAAAGAAAAGAUAAAUGAAGGAAUAUCAGUAAAUAACUUAAGCUUUGGCGUGUAGUGUUUAAAAACUUAGCGGGCUUCUAGAUUGUUUAUGUUUGUUUAAAAUCUGAUCAUAAAAGGAGUAGAGAAAUUGAAUAACAAUGGUUUUGCCUGCCAACUCAGCACUAUGCAGUAUCUUUACAUUAUACUUUGCUGGUUCACCUCUCGUCUACAGUCCAGCGCCUCGAGGCAACUGUUCAAAUUGUUGUCCGUUUCGAGAAGCACGUGAUAUACAAUUCCAUUUGUACACCAGAUCAAACCCAAACGUCUCGGAGCAACUGUACGUCUCGGAUUCGAAAAUAUUAGCCCAGAGCCACUUCAAUAUGUCAAAUCCUACAAUUCUGUAUCUGCACGGCUUCUCCGAGCAUGUCCCGGGUGGCAAAGGUCAAAGUAGUCAGGAGAUACGUGACGCUUUUCUCAGCGUCGGGGAUUACAAUGUUAUCCUGGUCGACUGGAGUCCAAUUACGGCGCUACCGUGGUAUAUGAGCACCGUCGAGAACAUUCCACGGACAGGAAGGUAUAUUGCCCGGUUCUUACUUUUCUUGGUGAAAACGGGCGCAUCUAUUAAUAAAAUGCACAUCAUCGGAUUUAGCUUGGGAGCUGAGGUCGCUGGAUUUGCAGGCAAACAGCUUCAGGAACGAGGUUUGACCCUACCUCGAAUAACAGGUCUUGAUCCCGCAUUUCCCUUGUUCGACCAGGGAAGUCCCCAUCGGCGACUGAGUCCUUCCGAUGCAAAAUUUGUGGACAUUAUUCAUACGGACGGCGGUUUACUGGGCAACCCGCAUGCUAUCGGACAUGCUGAUUUCUAUCCGAACGGUGGCACCCCGCUACAGCCAGGAUGCGUUGAACAGGAGAUAGCCAACAAUCGAUGGUUGGGAAUUAUCCUGGGUUGCAGUCAUCAGAGAUCCUGGCAAUAUUUCAUUGAGUCUCUGAAACGGCCAAAAGGCUUUCGAUCACGUCGUUGUGAACGUUCAGAGUAUUUCGAUGAAAAGGAUUGUUGUCACGCAGAUGUCGAAGCGUUCAUGGGCAUCGCUGCUAACAAAAGGUUGCGUGGGAAAUUCUACUUAGAAACAAAUGAGGAACCACCCUAUGGACAAAAUUAUCUGGGAAGGACGUAAUAACGAUAAUUAAUUUGGAGAUGGAAAAACGUUUUUGUUUGCGUCUGACUAAGCGAAAUUCUCGGAAACUACUAUGUAGUGUUUUGAAAGAAUACCCUAUUUAGAUAAGUAUUUGGAAUUCUAGUUACAUAGUUGUAAUAAUGGCUGUUAUUUAUUUUUAAUUGUGUAGUCUUGAAUAAAA